AGCCCCCUUAUGUCAAGUGUCACCUUGUGCCAUGUGCCACUGGAAUCAUCCAGACUAUCCCUUGGCAAGGCACGUGCAAGGAGAGGACAGACAUCCUGGUUGUGCUCAUCCCACCAAAAUAGCAUCAGAUUACAACUACAAUACCUCUCAUUUCCUCUCCUUCUGUGGGGGUGAGCACAGGAGGAGCUGGACAGAGAGGUGGCAUUUGCUGAGAGCCCUGGCACAGUCAGGGCCACGUUGGAAGCUGUCAGGAAGAAUUAAGUAAAGGGUGAGUGCUCUGGCGUGGGGAUGGCUCAAAGGCAGCUCUGCAGAGCUGUCCUGCAGCCUUCCUCCUCCCUGUGCCUCUGAUAAAGGCUGCCCUGUUGUCUGGGGGAUGUUUUCCCAAAUAAUCCCAUUAGGAAAUUAGGGGUUCUUAAUAACUGUGAGAGGAUUGCUGUUUCCUGUGAAUGGGUAGGUGCCUGAAUGAAUUUCAUACAUUUUUGUGCUCUUGAUACAAAUUUCAUAAGUUUUCUGCUACACAAACAUUAUCCAGCAUCCUGGAAAGCUCCAUCAGUCCUCUUCAAAGCACUUGGGUUAUUCCUAAAAUGGCUUUAGAUAUCUUGAAGAACAUGUACUCAUUUACCAGGGAUGUUUUCUGCUUCCUCGCCUGAUUAAACAAGUCCUUUCUUUUUUGUGUCAUAUCAAUAGAGCUGUGGGAAAAACUGAAUCAUCACUCCAUUUUUGAGGUAUGAGGACCAAGCACAUCAGUGGGGACUGAAUCAGGACACUUAGAAGCCCAGAGCAUAAGGUUUCACAAACUUGGCUGCCCCAAACCCUCAUCCUCAGACAGAUGAGGAAAACAGGCAGCAUCAUUUCCAUUCUUUGGGAGAAAUGAGGGGAAAUGAAGCUUCCUUGUGACUGCUGUGUAUGCCAUAGCUUUUUGGAGGGACUAUGCUGAGGGGAGGUUGGCUUGGACUUGCAGUGAAAUGGAGGUAACUUGGUGGCUGGUACUUUGUUGAAUGAAUGUGCUGUUCAUUUUAAAAAGUGGUGUGCACUGUGCCAACUGAUGGGCUCUUAGUUACCUGAUGUUGUUUGGAGCUCGGGAGGACUUCAAGCAUCCAGCAGCUGCCUUGGAAUGCAAGUCGUGUGGGAAACCCUGGCAUUGAUCAGAGGAAAAUAUUAAUGUCUAGAGCUGAUGGUUUCAAAUGUUACUCCAAUAGUCUCAUGGAUUCCUGUCCCUGAGGCGAAUGAAAUCAAUGCAGUGCCAUUGAUCUGCAGCUGGAUGCCACUGGUGGAACCACUGCCUGACUUGGGACUGCCUCUGUUUGAGCCUGGAACAUGGAGAAUCUCUGAACAGAGAGCAGCCACCAUGGCUUUGGAAGCAUGUCUGCAAGUGCCACAAGAUCUUUCCACCAUGUUUGGGAAAAAGAAGAAAAGGCUGGAGAUUUCUGGGCCCUCCAACUUUGAGCACCGGGUCCACACUGGCUUCGACCACCGGGAGCAGAAGUUCACGGGGCUGCCCCAGCAGUGGCACAGCCUGCUGGCAGACACGGCCAACCGGCCCAAGCCCAUGGUGGAUCCCUCAUGCAUCACUCCCAUCCAGCUGGCUCCUAUGAAGACCAUUGUUCGAGGAAACAAGCCUCGAAAGGAUACUUCAAUCAAUGGCCUGCUGGAGGAGUUUGACAAUAUCUCAGUGACACGAUCCAAUUCCCUGCGGAAGGAAAGCCCUCCCACCCACCACCAAGGAAAUGCAAACCACGUGCCAAGGCACCAGGAGGAAAAUGGCUACAUCACGUACUCCCAGUACUCCAGCGAGUCAGACACCACAGCAGACUUUAUCGUGGAGAAAUUCCGAGACAAGGCUCUCUAUGGGGAUGAGUUGGACAGGUACUACAAGGGCAGCUUCGCUGACAAACAGAACGGGCACAUGAUGAAGGUGACGUCCCGGGACAUCUGUUACUCAGAAGUGACACCCCUGCAGUCAGACCUGUCCAGGUUCCUCCCAGAUUACCACGCACAUGUGGAGACCAAGCCCAAAGUGCUGGAAUACGGCGGCCUGAAGCUGGAGUACCAGCGGAUCCCCAGCGGAUCCUCCCUGGACUACAGGGAUUCCUUUCCUUAUGCCCCGUCCCGAGCAUCGCUGCAGAGCGAGUGCCCCAAGGAGAGGCUGGAAUAUGGUGACAGUGACUGGGGACACAGCCUGAGCAAGGAUGACUAUGACAAGAGGCCAAAGUCGUCCUACGUGGACCCUGCAAGCCCUCAGCCAGCCAUGAGGCAGAGAUCCAGGUCAGGCUCUGGCCUGCAGGAGCCAGCCAUGCCCUACGGAGCAAGCGCCUUCAAAGCACACCAGCAAGGACAUUCCUACAGCUCCUACACCUACCCCCGCCUGUCCGAGACCGCAGCAGGCGUGCCCAAGGUGGAUUAUGACCGAGCACAGCUGGUCGUCAGCCCACCGCUCUCUGGCUCGGACACCUACCCCCGGGGCCCAGUCAAGCUACCUCAGAGUCAGAGCAAAGUCAGCUACUCCAGCAGCAGCUACCAGUACCCUCUGGUCUACCACAAAGCACCCCACUAUCACCAGCCACCCCUCCAGCCCGGCUCUCCCUAUAUUUCCACCGCCUCCUACCCCAGCUCCCCCAGCAUCACGUCAAGUGCUUAUCCUCCCCCCAGCUGGGGCUCCUCCUCAGACCAGCAGCCCUCCAGGGUGUCCCACGAACAGUUCCGAGCUGCCCUGCAGCUCGUGGUCAGCCCCGGGGACCCCCGGGAGUACCUGGACAGCUUCAUCAAGAUCGGGGAGGGCUCCACGGGCAUCGUGUGCAUCGCCACCGAGAAGCACUCGGGGAAGCAGGUCGCUGUGAAGAAGAUGGACCUCAGGAAACAGCAGAGAAGGGAGCUGCUCUUCAACGAGGUUGUGAUCAUGAGGGAUUACCACCACGAGAAUGUGGUGGACAUGUACAACAGUUACCUGGUCGGGGACGAGCUCUGGGUCGUGAUGGAGUUCCUGGAGGGCGGCGCUCUGACAGACAUCGUCACUCACACCAGGAUGAACGAGGAGCAGAUCGCCACAGUGUGUGUGUCCGUGCUGAGGGCCCUGUCCUACCUGCACCACCAGGGCGUCAUCCACCGCGACAUCAAGAGCGACUCCAUCCUGCUCACCAGUGACGGCAGGAUAAAAUUGUCUGACUUUGGGUUCUGUGCCCAAGUGUCAAAGGAGGUCCCCAGGAGGAAGUCCCUGGUUGGAACACCCUAUUGGAUGGCACCGGAGGUGAUAUCCCGCCUGCCCUAUGGCACUGAGGUGGACAUCUGGUCCCUGGGCAUCAUGGUGAUCGAGAUGAUCGAUGGGGAGCCCCCGUACUUCAACGAGCCGCCACUGCAGGCCAUGCGCCGCAUCCGGGACAACCUGCCGCCCCGCGUGAAGGACGUGCACAAGGUCUCCUCGGUCCUCCGGGGCUUCCUGGACUCGAUGCUGGUGCGGGAGCCCUCGCAGAGAGCCACGGCACAGGAGCUGCUGAGACAUCCCUUCCUCAAGCUGGCUGGGCCCCCUUCCUGCAUCGUGCCCCUCAUGAGGCAGCACAGGCACCACUGAAGCUUUUUGGGAAGGGGUCAGCGCAGAGCCUGGCUCGCGGCACGCGGGAUCCGCAGGCAGGGAGGAGGAAAGCCUCGAGGAGGAAAGCAGCCCUGUGGAAACGCCGCACGUACAGAGAACCCCAAAGGCCGGGCAGUGCUCCCUGCUCCCGCCGUGCCAAGGACAGGAGCAGCCCCGGCCCCGCUGCGCCAGGCUCCGCGCUCCCAGCACCGCGGCUGUGCGCCGGCCGGGCCGGGGGCACCGAGCACCAGCCGGGGAAACGUAACACAACCUGAGUGGAACAGCUGAACUUCACUGCAGGCUGCGGCACUUCUGUUUCAGAAGAACACUUUUCUGACAAAGCAAAGCACUUUUUAAUCUCGGUCAGAGCAGUGCAAUGUAUUUUGCAAGAAGUUUGUAAUUUUCUGUACAGUACGUUUUGAUAACUUGCAGUACUUUGUCAUGUAACUGUUGUGUUAGUUAAGUAAUAAGUGUAACUUAGCAAGCAAGAAUUUGAGAAGAAGUUUCCUACUUUUUUUAACCCUUUUGAAAACAGAAAAAAAAAAAAAAAAAAAAAAAGAAACCACAGCCACCUUUCCACCUUUAGGAAGUUGUAAGUUUUUCAGAGUUCCCGUAGGGUGAAGAGGGUGCUCAUCCUGCCCUAACGGCAGCUGGAAGAGCCAAGGAUAGCUGAUUGUGGCAGAAGUGCCUGGCUUGGGGCACUUGGUGACAGUGGCAGCCCCAGCCCAGCCAUGGUCAGGGUCUCCCCUGUGCCCCCUGGCUGGGAGCCCUGUCCAGCCUUGGCCCAGGGGGCUCCCAGCCUGGGCUGAUCCCUCUUUGUUCGUGCCACCACAAGGCCAGUUCUGCCACCACAGCGGCCUCCAUGAUUUCUGUCACGCUCUGGCACUGGAGAGGGAGAGCAGGAGCUCCUCCUCCCACCCCUGCAGGAUCCCCAGAGCUCAGGCAGAGCCGUGGGAGGGAGGGAUGGGAUGGGUUGGGAUGUGCUGCCAUAGAGGAGAAGUCGUGCUGCUGUCUAGACCUUUCUGAAUGUUGAUGCAACAGUUGACUACUGCGGUACAAUUUUGUGUUAUUUGUUGGAUGACUUUGCAUGUUAACUGUAAGCCUAAAUAGAUUUGCCUUUAAAAUUUUUAGAAGUGCUUCAUAAUUAUUUCAAUGAGAAACUAAUUUUAUUUAUUGAUGAUUAGUUGUUUUUAAUUAUGUAUAAUACAAAAGCCAUGUUUUUAAAGUUUGGUUUUUUUUUUUCUUACUGACCUCAUUUUAUGGUAUCUUUAAGAACCACAAAGCCAACUUUGUGAAAACACAGUUUCUUUCUUAAUAUGAAAUUUCAUUGUUAAUUAAUUGUUAUUUAUUGUAGUAAAUCAUAACCAAACAUCUAAAUCUGGCAGGAGCUGUUGCUUAAAGAUCUUCCUCUGGGAGAAAAGAGUUGCCAAUAGUAAAGAAGCUCCUUUAGUUCUGCCCUUAAAGAAUAUUUGGAGGGAGAGAAGCAAUUUUAAAAAAAGGAAAAAGGAGAUAAGGAUGAUCUGGAACAUGGAAUAGCUGUUCUUAUACCAGUGUCUUAUCCCCAAUGCUCUCUCUCCCUACCCCUGUUUGCACAUUUGAAGAAGACACUGAAGAAAAGGUGUUUGGCUCCCAGAGCCCACCCAGCAGGGAGCACCCCCAGCCUCCCAGGGCUCUCUUUUGUAGUCUUGACAACUCAGGAAACCAGGCUGCACCAGUCCAAGCAACAGCACAACUUAGUACUAGCUACAAAAUUACCUUUUUUAACCAUCUUUGAAUAAAAAAGGGGGCUGGUGGGAGUUUUUUCUUCAAUAUUCAGCACAUUUGAGGCUGUAUAAGUCAAGAAUUUUCUGCAACUUUCUUAUCAUUAGAUACUUUAAGCAGUGUUCAUCAAGUUUACUGAGAGUUUUGUCGAUUUCAAAGGGGUUUAUUUUGUGAACACCAGCUACUGGUGAGACAAAUGCACAUGCAAGUUAAAUAAAUUAAUUAAUAAACAC